GGGGCGGGGCUUCUGAAGCCUUCCCUUCCGUGGCAGAGCAUGUGGGCGGGUUGCAACGUGAAGAUUCGUGAUUGUCUGGCUGUCACUUAUGUCUUUCUGAGACGGUCCCUGAGUUUGGGAGUAACCAUGGCAAAGAGCAAGUUCGAAUACGUGCGAGAUUUCGAGGCCGACGACACGUGCCUGCCUCACUGCUGGGUGGUAGUGCGGUUGGAUGGCAGGAAUUUCCACCGGUUUGCUGAGAAGCACAACUUUGAGAAACCUAAUGACAGUCGUGCUCUCCACCUAAUGACCAAAUGUGCCCAGACCGUAAUGGAAGAAUUGGAGGAUAUUGUAAUUGCUUAUGGACAGAGUGAUGAAUACAGCUUUGUGUUCAACCGGAAGAGUAAUUGGUUUAAAAGAAGAGCCAGCAAGUUCAUGACUCAUGUGGCCUCCCAGUUCGCCUCCAGCUAUGUGUUUUAUUGGCGAGAUUACUUUGAGGACCAGCCUCUUCUGUAUCCCCCAGGCUUUGAUGGAAGAGUCGUGGUUUAUCCUACCAACGAGACCUUAAAGGACUACCUCAGCUGGCGGCAAGCAGAUUGUCACAUCAAUAACCUUUAUAAUACAGUUUUCUGGGCGCUUAUUCAACAGUCUGGACUAACACCAGUACAGGCCCAACAGAGAUUACAGGGAACUGUUGCAGCAGACAAGAAUGAGAUUUUGUUUUCUGAAUUCAACGUCAACUACAAUAAUGAGCCUGUGAUGUAUCGGAAAGGAACUGUGUUGAUAUGGCAGAAGGUGGAUGAAGUCACGACAAAAGAAGUUAAACUCCCAGCAGAAAUGGAAGGAAAAAAGAUGGCAGUGACACGGACCAGGACCAAGCCAGUGCCAUUUCACUGCAAUAUCAUCGGGGAUGCUUUCUGGAAGGAACAUCCAGAGAUCCUAACUGAAGGCAGUUGA